ACUGUACUUGAGAUUGUAUUGAUUGUUCGUUUUAUAUUUUUCAGGAGUGAUAAACAACAACCAUCAAAUGUAUCGAUAGAAGAAAUUUAUCGCGCAAAAAAAUUAUACGAAAGUGCGUUCCACCCGGAUAGCGGUGAACUACAGAACAUAUUCGGGCGCAUGAGUUUUCAGAUGCCUGGUGGAAUGGCUAUCACCGGUGCAAUGCUGCAAUUCUAUAGAACUAAUUCAGCUAUUAUCUUUUGGCAAUGGGUCAACCAAUCUUUCAAUGCAUUAGUGAAUUAUACUAAUAGAAAUGCAAAUUCAUCCCUAACUACUACACAAUUGGUAGUUUCUUACGUUUCAGCAACGAGUUCAGCACUGGUGGCAGCUGUUGGAUACAAAAGCUACCUGACGAAAAAAGCAAGCCCUUUCUUUCAGCGUUACGUUCCAUUUGUUGCCGUUGCAGUGGCAAAUUGUAUCAAUAUACCGCUUAUGCGACAAAAUGAGUUAAUAUACGGUAUUGACAUACAGGAUGAAAACGGUAAUAACGUUGGAAAAAGUAGAGUAGCGGCAGCAAAAGGAAUAAGCCAGGUGAUAUUUUCACGCAUAGCAAUGUGCGCUCCAGGAAUGUUGAUUUUGCCGGUCAUAAUGGAAAACUUGGAAAAAUAUAAAUCGUUCCGUAGAUUUUCAUUUUUACAUGCCCCAUUCCAAGUAAUGGUAGUAGGAUGCUUCUUAACUGUGAUGGUACCAACAGCGUGUGCAUUGUUUUCUCAAACUGCAUCUCUGAAUACCAAUGUGAUGCGGAUACUAGAGCCUGACUUUUACGCACAAAUUAAGGAAAAGGGCCCUGUUCCAGAAAAAGUAUACUUUAACAAAGGGUUGUAAUCGAAAUAAUUAUGCAUCUGUCGUUUUAGUAUUGUAUUAGAACAAUGUUGAAGAAGAA